UUCUAAAUCUAUACACAAUACGGUUCAGUUUAUUUUUUCGUAGCCAAAAUACUCAAGCAUUUUUUACUUUCUUUACAAUGGCAAACAAAAUUAAAGACUCCAAAUUAGAGCUGCAACGGGAAACAACAUCCCUAGCAAGCUCAUUGAGCAAAAAACCCAUUUCGGAUAAGCAGAAAACAAUAUGGUCCGUCAACUUUGAGAUUUCUGGCAAAGUGCAGGGCGUCUUUUUCCGGAAGCACACUCUGACCCAGGCACGUAAGCUGGGCCUGCACGGCUGGUGUAUGAACACGACCCACGGCACUGUCAAGGGAGUGUUGGAGGGGCCACUCGAGCAGAUUACGGAUAUGCGCUAUUGGCUGCAGCACAAGGGUAGUCCACGUUCGAUCAUCCAGAAGGCUGACUUUACACCCAAUCAACCCAUACCCAAUUACUGCUACAAGACUUUCUCCAUUCGAAAAUAAUUAUGAUGCAGCUUUUUAUUUUGCCGCUGUCCAAUUAUAACUCGCGCAUAUAGAAAAUUAGAAGUUAAUUAUAGGCCAGCAAAAUCAUAACUAAGCAA